GCGAUUGUCACUCCUUCCAACGCACUAGUCCCAUCCCCGAGACCGACAUGGAUGGUGCCCAAACGUGCCAACAUGUCGCGUCGAUCUUCUCCUCAGGCGAUGUCGAGCACAGUCCUCUUCGCAAGUACAAACGGGUGUUGGCUUGGGAGGCCCGCCGGACACAACUAGACACCCUCAAGCAGCCACACAAAAGAAUUGCGGCUUCUUUGUGUGGGACUUGCGAGGUCGCGCUGCAUCGGCCACUCGUGUGCUUGCACUGUCCUUUCGCCGGCUGCUGGAAGGCGGGACAUGCCGCCAGUCAUUUGCGAGAAUCGGACCAUGCAUUUUUAAUGGAUGUCAGAACAGGAUAUUUGUUCUGCGUGCAAUGCGACACUUUCAUCUUCAGCGCGUUGUUAGACGAAUGUCGCACAUCUACAUUGCUGAGAAUGGAGGAGAAUCAAAUGCGUUCCCAAGUCUCUCGGGAACGAUAUCACGCUUGGUCUCCAUCCGAGCGGGAUACUGCCGCAUUAGCCAAUGCGAAAACGAUUUCGUGUCAGGGUCGUAGGGGUCUCCUCAAUCUGGGCCAAACAUGUUUCAUGAACGUUGUGCUGCAAUGUCUUGUCCAUAACCCGCUGCUUCGAAACUACUUUCUCGCAGACAAGCACAAUAAUCGGCAAUGCAAAAUAGAGGAAGAUUGUACGUGCUGCGAGAUGGAUAAACUGUUUGGUGAAAUAUACGCCCCGAAUCCGACAAGUGCGCACGGACCUAUUUCAUUCCUUGCCUCGACAUGGCGCAAGUCGGCCGAGCUAUCGGGCUAUGCACAACAGGACGCCCACGAAUUCUUUCUUUCUACUCUCAACCACAUCCACAGCACGUCACGCGGAUCAACAGAAGUUUCAUGCAAUUGCAUCGUCCACUCGACGUUCGCAGGCUCGCUUCAAAGUGACGUCGUUUGUGCAAAAUGUGGCAGUGCCACGAGCACUGUCGAUCCGUUACAAGAUAUCAGUCUGGAGCUGCAAAGGAAGGGCGCGGACUCGGCAGCUCAGCAAUCUGCCUCGGCAUUCGAGAACACACUUGCCGCCUGCCUUAGACGCUACACACAGCCUGAAAAGCUGGGGCCGCAACAGUAUAGCUGUUCCAAGUGCAAGACAGCGCAUGUGCGUUCCCUCGCAUCAGGUCUACCGGUGUCUGAUCACGGGGACUCAGGAAGUCUCCAAACGACUGAGCAUCAAGAGGUUGCCGCCCGUCCUGAGCCUCCAGCUGAAGCGCUUCGAACACAAAAGUUCCGACAAGGGACGGCGCGGAAAUUGACACCAAGAUCAAGUUUCCCGUGGUCCUCAAUAUGGCGCCGUAUACGUCGUCAUUUCUCAGCACCAGUAAGGAAAAUAGCAGAGACAUGCAGGUCUUUUGUGUCAAUCGACUAUGACUUGUUCGGUGUCAUUGUACACGAAGGGCAGAUCAACAAUGGCCAUUAUACAUGUUAUGCAAGAGCAGGGACGAGAGUCACACCCGCGACGCUCAGCAACGUGCUUGCUGCGCCGGCUUACAUGUUAUUCUAUGUCAAACACCACCUGGAUUACAAACCCAACAUCACUCCAACCUAUGUCGCAUCGAGGGAGAAGGAGCUGGAGCGAGAACGGGAGAAGGAGAGAGAGCGGGAGAAGGAGAAAGCAAUGGCCGAAGAGAGAGAAGCAAAGGAGUUGGAGGAUGCUUUACUCGCCAUAACAUGAGGCUCGUACACUGCAAGCGCUGAGGAACUCGCAUAGCUGCAAUUGCAAAUUCCGAGUACGGAAAGAACAUUACCAUAGGGAGAUAUGUCAAGCACCCGCAAACAGAGAGCCUUUUCAACCAAAUGUCAUGGAUGCGGCGAUACCAACGCGGAUAGAUAGCCUUGGUCCGGCUGAUGAGGGCAGAAAAGUGCGCCUCGCGGGCCAAGUGGCUGCCUUUGAUGCGCGCACGGGCAUGAUGCUGCUGCGUGCCCGAAAUGAGGCCGUCGUGCUGGAUGUGAGUGGAUGCACGUCGGGAACUGGCGAUGAGGCGCCGGAGUGGCUGGCGGAACGCAUGUGCAUGGUCACUACUGUUGGCUAUGUCCAGUGGCUGGGCGAUUCUGAGAAUUUACAACUCCCGGCUCUGCCAAAGCGCUUGCAAGAGAUACGUGUGGUGGAGGGUGUUGUUGUGCGAGGCUUGCUUGUUUCGGCCCGGCGGGAUCUCACCCUUGAGGCAUGGCACGAGGGAAUCGCUGCGCUGCAAUAGACAGUCAAAGGAUGGAAGUGGCGUCGUAGCGAGGGUCGUGGGCAGACCUUGAAUGAAUAAAGAGCCCACUCUCCCUUUGUUUAUAAAGGUCAAAGCACGCGUUAAGCGAAUUGAUCGAAGCUGCUAUAAGACAAGGCCCGAGCUCACCCACACACGAUAAUCUUUAUCCUACCCACCUUGACUCCCGACUCCUACGACGCGCCGACUUCCGCGAUAACUGAUGGCGUACCCUGUCUCUCGAACCCGUCAAGUCGGCGACUGCUCGCUUACGACCGCAUCCGGAUCACCUUCCACUCCCACACUGUCGGACAUGGCGCACACCACCACCAUUACAUCCUCUACAUACACAACCACCGCCCAUCCUUGCGUUCAAGAGCUCUUUCGCUUCUUGUACACUCUCCCUGCGCAUAUAAUCAAGAACCCGCAAUUCUGCCUCACGACCAGUGUGACCCCGAUUCCGUUCACGCUGGCAGCGCUCGGUCUCCUCCAUCGGGCCGCGCACGAGCUUUACCCGCUAUUCUGGGAUGAGAGUAGGAGAUCGGACACCGCAAGGCAGGUCCAGGACGUUCUCGACUCUGGAGCCCGCCUGAUUAUCCCAACGACAUGGCCUGGGAUUGAUGGCGUUCUAUCCGAGCUCGCUAUGCGUGAUGCGGCGAAACGACCACCGCUGAAACGCAAAGCUGACGAGGCCACUGGCGCCGGGUCUAAGGCGGCUUCCCGCGACUCUGAGCCCCAGGCCAAAGUACAGCGAGUGACACGGGCCAGCGUACGAAACCAAACUCACGCGCCAACGGAAUCUUCCGCGGAGGGAACAUCUUCGUCAUCCUCCUCGACAUCGCCUUCAUCUCCCCCAGUGCCCCACACGAAGCCUGCCGUCAUACAAUCUGCUCCCAUUGCUGCGAAUAUCAUUUCGAAGCGUCGAAGAUCCCCCCCACCUGCUGUGCCGGCCAAUCCGCAGCGGGUCAGCGCUCGGCAGAAGGAACAGCGACAGCCUCGUGCGGGCGAGCUGGAGGGGAUCAGCAAUGAUGCACCCAGUGCAUCCUGCUCGGCUGCCCCUUGCAUGUUGGGCGAGCGAGGGAGAUCGAUAUCCCGGGAGUCUACUGGGUCCAGUCGCUCGAAUGAUACAUUGGUUGCCUCGAGAGAAGGCUCGGUGGAGACAGUCGUCGACGCGGAUCCUGGAGUCACGCCCGAUGAACCCAUGGAAAAUGCCGUCCUGGGAAAGACCUCUCAGAAAGCGGUCAUUAUCAUCUCUGGGGACGGGAACGUCGCUUCAGUUGGGCUGGAGCCCGGGAUGGUUACCCGCAGUCGGAGGAAUCGAGAACCCGCCGUCAAGUCACAAGUGUCUCCCGCAGUUGCCAGGCCGAAACCAUCUGGUAAACGCAAAACUGCGAAAGUCAGACCGAGGGACUAGGAAGAGCGAAAUUCUGUGUAAAGACCCUGCCCACAGCCUUGUUUGUAUUACUACCCCUCUCUCUCUCUCUCUGCGAGCGUAUUACCACCACUUCCCCUACGAUUUCUCGUGUACAGUAUGGAUAGGACACUAUUGUAGAUCACAUCGUUAUUAGUUAUUUUAUGAGAGCGCGUUCUGGCCUGGACGCGUCG